AUGGGCGUGGACCUCACCUAUUACAUAGAGGAGGGACGAAGUCCUGGCACUUACAUCGGUGACAUCCCGGCUGACAUGCACCUCCUAGAGAGCAUGUCACUGGAAAAUCGUCGCCUGAUCACGUUCAGCCAACUGCUGAGUGACGGCCCUAAGUUAUUCCGCGUUUCCAAAAAGACAGGGAAACUGUACACUGCGCAGAUGUUGGACGCCGAACACCUGUGUAGCUACAACAAAGAGUGUUUUAAGAUCAUUAAGAUAGCUGUCCGACAGGCGCAUAUCUUCAUGAAGAUUGUCAAGAUCAAAGUGGUGCUUAAAGAUGUCAACGACCAUCAGCCAGAAUUCCCUGUCAAGCAGAUCAACAUUGAAUUUGAGGAAAACGACGGGAAAGGGACCAGGGUAUCGAUCCCUAACUCAAUCGAUCGGGACGUAGGAAGUCUUAAUUCUCAGAUAACGUACCAACUGAAAAAGAACAAAGACGAGCCGUUUACAUUGGCCGUUUCUAAAACCGUGCACGGAAUGGCUGAGCUGAGCAUUAUACUCGGAGACUCCCUCGAUCGAGAAGUGAAAGAUUCUUACGAUAUACAGGUAAUUGCUAAAGACGGUGGCUCGCCGCCCAAACAAAGCAUAUUAGACGUCCAUAUCUCAGUCACAGACGUGAACGAUAACACACCUGUAUUUACGCAGAACGUCUACAACGUGUCCAUCAGCUAUGAGCACGACGUUUCGAUACCUGUGGCAGUUUUGUCGGCAAGGGAUUUAGAUUCGGGACCAAACGGUAAGAUUUCUUACCAUUUCAGUUCCAAGACUUCUGAUCGCACCAGGAACCGUUUUCGAAUUGAGAAAGCAACCGGAAAGGUUUUUUUGCAAAAACCGUUCACAUCGCAACAAAAGCAAAUAUACGAACUCUAUGUGAAAGCCUCGGAUGGUGCCAGCCCUCCUGCAAGUUCGAUAGCGCAGCUUCUGGUGAAUGUGAUAAGCGAGCAGAAUAAUGCACCGACAAUAGACGUUAACUUUGUGUCCGCUUCGAUGGAUAACACGGCUGCUAUUUCUGAAAAUGUGGCAGUCGGCAGUUUUAUCGCGUAUGUGAUGGUCACUGAUCCGGAUUUUGGACCAAAUGGAGAAGUCAGCUGCAGACUCCACCACGAUAAAUUCCAACUGCAAAGUCUUGGUAAGAAUGAGUGGAAAGUGACUGUGAAAAAACCGCUGGACAGGGAAACCGAGGAUCACCAUGAUGUCAUCAUCCAUUGCCAGGACAAAGGAACCCCGGCCCUACACAGUGAAAGCAAGUUCUCUAUCAAAGUCAUGGAUGUCAACGACGUACAGCCACAGUUCUCGAAAGAGACGUUCAAAUUCUGGAUCAAUGAAAAUCUCAAGUCUAAAUCUCCUGUUGGGGUGAUCAAUGCCACAGACCCGGAUCUAGGCCCCGGGGGUUUUGGUGAAGGACAACGGCGUUCCUCCUUAAAUCGAACCGUGAACGUUAUCGUGGAAGUGCGGGAUGAAAACGACAACGCUCCUUAUUUCACUUUUCCCAACGUCAACCCUUUCACCAUGGCGGUUGUGUACUACCCGCACAACACGAGGAACAUUACCGUGCUAAGGGCGCUGGACCGGGACAGCCGGCAGAAUGCGUUUCUUAAGUACGAAAUAACAGCGGGAAAUGACAAACAGUUGUUCAUAUUAAAUCAUUACACCGGCCUCCUGUCAUUUUCCCGCGAGAUGAACCAGCAUGACGCUGGUUCCUAUUAUCUUCAGUUCAUUGUCAAGGACAGCGGCAAUCCGAUCUUAUCGGCCACAACCAACCUCUCAUUAGUCCUUACAGUAAGCAACAAAAGUUCAGAAACACUCACUGCUGUCCACGUGCAGUCCAAGGAGACAAUCCACAUGUACUUAUUAAUCGUGAUUGUGCUCGUGGCGGUCACCCUGUCCGUGCCAAUCACGGCCACCAUCUCCAUCUGCUUCAUCCGGCAUCGCAAUAAGAGACAGAUACCCUUAAGAAACCGGGAGAACACGUUGUGCAAAUGCUCUAACGAGCCGACUCACUACAUGUGUUCCCCGCCUUUGGUCACUUACUGGCCAGAUGUCCCUCCUCCACCAAUAACGGGAGCGCCUGGCAUUGACCGAGACGCCCUCCAGCCAAGGUCAAGACGAGGAAUCUACCCAGGAGAUGAGUUGGAUAACAAACUCAAUUGCACGGCUUCUGGAAAUAUGCUGCAAACGUCCCCCGAAGGAAUAUAUCAGGUAGGUGUCUCCUUGACUCCUUACAAUUGUAAGGAAUUUUCUCCACUCAUUUGGAUUGUGAAACCGUUUAUCUGUGUCAUAACAUCUUUUGUUUGGGUUAUAAAGCAGCCUAAUAGGGCCUACAUGAACAAAUUAAAGUGA